UUUUCGCCAAACACUGUGUCUUUCGUGUUACCUUCAAACUUCAAGAACCAUUUGAUGAUAUGGCUGUGAAGGCUGUGUUUCAGAGUAUACAGCUCAUAAAGAUUAUUUUCAUUGUUGCUGCUGAUGUUCCUGUUGAAGUGUCCCAGAUCCCCGAACGUAUCUAUGCCACAACUGGCACAAACCUCACAUUCUAUUGCACGUUUUCUGUUUUUCAAGACAAACAGGCGAUCAUUUAUUGGUGGAAACUUGGUGAAAAUGAAUUCAUUCAUUUUGGAUCAGACAACAGGAAACGACUUUUCAUCGAGAAAGGAAGAGCCUCAUUACAACUCCUGAAUAUCAGUGUCCAAGACUCUGGAGUCUAUUAUUGCAGACUGACAUGCCCGGGAAAAAGAGCCGCAAAUGGAAGUGGAUCAACACUUGUCGUCCGUGCUUCUCCAACUCCAGUGAGGAUUGUUUCCCGUCCCUCUGAAAGUACUGCGCACAGUUCUUUGUCUUUGGUAUGUGAAAUGGAUUUGGUUUUCCUGGACGGUCUGACUAUCACUUGGUACAAAAAUAAUCGAAGCAUUGAGAAUGGGAUAAAUACGACCACGAAGCAACUCAGUGGAGCAGGGCUGUAUAAAGUUUCAAGCUAUUUGGAAGAAGCACGGCCUAUCCAAGGAAGAACUGUUUUUGUCUGUCUGAUGUCUCAAGCGACCCUACAGAUUCCAGCCAUGGCCAUUUACUUGGUCCCUAUUUCUCGUCUAGACGAUGACAACAUAUUUCGCACUUACGUACGGAUCUUUGCAUGCGCAGGAUUUGUACUGAUGUUUUUGGCACUGCUGGCUAUCAUUAGAAUGUGGCACAUAUUCACUAACCACAAAGCAAACAGACAGGGAAACGAUGAAGCAAGCCAUUGUGGCAACUCUACUUUUCAAGAAACAAUUGAUAAUUCGUUGACUUAUGCCACUGUCCAGCCAGUUAGUUCUAUGAAAAAUGGAAAUCCAAGGACGAAAGAAAAAGGCACAGAAUAUGCAGAAAUUAGGAAUGUACAUCAAAAGAGAUAAGCACCAAUCGUCUACACGGCAACAAGUUUCUAAUUAUGUCGAUGUUUGCUGCAUUGCAGAUGCCUUUCAGUUUUGUAUAUUGUCCCUAGUUAUAAACGUGACAUUGUAGUUCCCCUAAUGUCUUCUAGUUCAGUUGUCAUUCUCACGGAUAUUAAGCUUAGCCCAAUGCAACGGCUAAACAUGUGCAGAUGGCCGGAGUUUUGAGGUGAUAACAACGAAUAAGCAACUAUCAGCACUUCCCCCUAAACCUACAAAGCCUUUGCAAAUCCGUGCAUAUGCAGAGCAAAGAGAAAUCAGCAAAAAAAAAUCAGUGAAGCAAUGCUUGUGUUCAAUGCGGGUUGCAAGGGUCGCCACAGACAUCAAUUAUCUUCACUUCCAAUCAGGUUAGUAGUCAUUCCUGGAAGGGGUUACACUUGACUGAUUGAGGAGCUACUGUUUAACAACAUACUUUAUGUAACAUUAUGAUUAAAUAAUGAACUUGAUCCCUUAAAGCUACUGUUUUGCUAUGCAAUUCCAAGUAGAUACCUUUUGAGAAAAAAGUCACAUGUUAUAAACAUACUUUCUAUGGUUUGAUUUUGCUGAUACUUUUACUUCUAUCAACAUCGAAGCAUAUUGUUAAUUUUGGUAUUUCAAAAUAAAAAU